AUGACAAGAGCUUCAGAGCGCAUACAUAAAACCAAACUUUAUCGCCAAGGUUCAAGGAACAGCCUAGUCAGUAAGCAGAUCCAAGAGCAUAUUUAUUUCGAAAUAAACGAAUACCUCGCAGACAAAAAUAUUCAGAAGAUAGAGUGGCAAGCCAGACCUCCAAGCUUGAGUCUCAUCGAGCAUAUGCUGGAGGUUCUUUGCAGAGCAGCUUUCCAUCUCCCUCCCGAAACCCUUCCAGACCUAAAAGAUAUGGUCCAGAGUCGUGAGAUUUAUUGUCCAAAGACCAUAGAUGUACAGUCCAAAAACAUUUGGAAGCAGGACAUGUAUGAUGGUUUGAAAAUAUUAACUUUCUCCUUCUAUGGUGAAGUAGAAGAGAUGGAUACCUACUCUUUCAUUCAGUGUUUUUUCCUGUCACCAGUUGUAAGAGAGUCUCUUAAUUGUAGUUCAUUGCCAGAGGAUUUCUCAAAAGACAACUCAAUGAAAAUUGAUGUGAAAGCUUUGCCUUGUACUGUUUUGAGUAUGGAUUUCUUUGAUAAAAUAUUCAAGGCAAAUAUUGCUAUUUCCGAUGGUACAAUAAGAAAGAGCUAUGAAGAAUAUGUAGAUGGCAUUACCAUAGCUGAUGAACUGAGAUCGAUGUUAUUACUUCAAGAAUCUGAGCAUUACUGCUUGUAUUCUGAAGAGGAAAGAAAUGAAUUCAUUUUUCGAAUAUUUAAGCAUUUAUGCAUCGGGGGCAAUAUGAAUCAGUAUGAAGAUAAUUUAGAACAAUACAUAAAGACGACUAAAAUGCUGUACAAGGAUCUCAUUUGUGUUCGAAAAUGUGGAACACAGAAGAAGAUAUCGAUAAAGUCAGAGGUUUUUGAAAUUACAUGCACAAAAAAUGGCUGUCCUGUUUUUCCAAAUAAGAAACUUCAUGAACAAGAUUUUGCCUACUUAGUCAUUAAUAAUAUCGAAAAAUGCACUGUACUUUUAUAUCACUCAUGGUAAAAUUAAUAAAUAUCUUGAAUUUUUGAAAUCUUACGAAAGUGUAA